AUGGCGGAUCGGACGGCGCCCCGCUGCCAGCUCCGGCUGGAGUGGGUGUACGGGUACCGGGGUCACCAGUGCCGCAACAACCUGUACUACACGGCCGGCAAGGAGGUGGUCUACUUUGUGGCUGGGGUCGGGGUGGUUUACAACACCCGCGAGCACAGCCAAAAAUUCUUCCUGGGACACAACGACGACAUUAUCAGCCUUGCCUUACACCCAGACAAAACUCUUGUUGCAACUGGCCAAGUUGGGAAGGAGCCAUAUAUAUGCAUAUGGGAUUCCUAUAAUGUCCAGACUGUGUCUAUUCUUAAAGAUGUCCAUACACAUGGAGUUGCCUGCCUGGCUUUUGACUCAGAUGGACAGCGUUUAGCCUCUGUGGGGUUGGAUGCCAAAAACACAGUCUGCAUUUGGGACUGGAGGAAGGGAAAACUUCUGGCCUCAGCCACUGGCCAUUCUGACCGGUUUUGGACACUGUGUGGAAAUGCCCUGACUGCAAAAAGAGGGAUAUUUGGCAAAACGGGGGAUCUUCAGACCAUCCUUUGCCUUGCAUGUGCCAAAGAAGACAUCACCUACUCUGGUGCUUUAAAUGGUGACAUCUAUGUCUGGAAAGGGCUCAAUUUAGUCCGCACCACUCAAGGAGCACAUAGUGCUGGAAUCUUUAGCAUGUAUGCUUGUGAAGAAGGCUUUGCCACUGGUGGGCGAGAUGGGUGUAUACGACUAUGGGACACUGAUUUCAAACCAAUAACCAAAAUUGAUCUCAGGGAGACAGAACAAGGAUAUAAAGGCCUCUCUAUCCGGAGCGUGUGCUGGAAAGCAGACCGUCUUCUAGCAGGAACCCAGGACAGUGAGAUAUUUGAAGUGAUUGUGCGAGAGCGAGACAAGCCAAUGUUGAUCCUGCAGGGCCACUGCGAGGGUGAGCUCUGGGCUCUGGCCCUGCACCCCAAGAAGCCUCUGGCUGUGACAGGCAGCGAUGACCGCUCUGUCAGGCUGUGGAGCCUGGCCGAUCAUGCCUUGAUCGCCCGCUGUAACAUGGAGGAGGCGGUUCGCAGUGUAGCUUUCAGCCCCGACGGAUCUCAGCUGGCCCUGGGCAUGAAGGACGGCUCUUUCAUUGUUCUCCGAGUCAGAGAUAUGACAGAAGUAGUUCACAUCAAAGAUCGAAAAGAAGUCAUUCAUGAAAUGAAAUUUUCUCCAGAUGGUUCUUACCUUGCAGUGGGAUCCAAUGAUGGCCCAGUAGAUGUCUAUGCUGUUGCCCAGAGGUAUAAGAAAAUUGGAGAAUGCAGCAAGUCCCUUAGUUUCAUCACGCACAUUGACUGGUCCCUGGAUAGUAAAUACUUACAAACUAAUGAUGGUGCAGGAGAACGAUUGUUCUACAAAAUGCCAUCUGGGAAGUCUUUAACAAGUAAAGAAGAAAUUAAAGGAAUUCCUUGGGCUUCCUGGACAUGUGUGAAAGGCCCUGAAGUGAGUGGAAUUUGGCCUAAAUACACUGAGGUUACUGACAUCAACUCAGUGGAUGCGAAUUACAACAGCUCAGUGUUGGUGUCCGGAGAUGAUUUUGGACUUGUUAAAUUGUUUAGAUUUCCUUGUCUCAAGAGAGGAGCCAAAUUUAGAAAGUAUGUGGGCCAUUCUGCACAUGUCACAAACGUCCGCUGGUCCCAUGACUUUCAGUGGGUGUUGAGCACAGGAGGGGCUGAUCACUCAGUUUUCCAGUGGAGGUUUAUUCCAGAAGGUGUCAGCAACGGCAUGCUGGAAACUGCACCCCAAGAAGGUGGAACUGAUUCCUACAGUGAAGAAUCCGAUUCAGAUUUAUCUGAUGUGCCCGAAUUGGACUCUGAUAUUGAGCAAGAAACUCAAAUCAAUUAUGAUCGCCAGGUUUACAAAGAAGAUCUACCUCAGCUAAAGCAACAAAGUAAAGAGAAAAACCACGUAGUGCCCUUCCUCAAACGAGAAAAGGCUCCUGAGGACAGCUUGAAACUCCAGUUCAUACAUGGUUAUAGAGGCUACGACUGUAGAAACAAUCUGUUCUACACACAAGCUGGAGAAGUAGUCUACCACAUUGCUGCAGUUGCUGUUGUGUAUAACCGGCAGCAGCACUCCCAGAGGCUGUACCUGGGGCACGAUGAUGACAUUCUCAGCCUGACCAUCCAUCCAGUGAAGGACUAUGUGGCUACUGGGCAGGUUGGAAGAGAUGCUGCUAUUCACGUGUGGGACACACAAACUCUAAAAUGUCUGUCGCUAUUGAAAGGACAACAUCAGAGAGGAGUGUGUGCACUUGAUUUUUCAGCCGAUGGAAAAUGUCUGGUGUCGGUUGGUUUAGACGAUUUUCACAGUAUUGUAUUUUGGGACUGGAAAAAGGGAGAAAAGAUAGCCACAACAAGAGGACAUAAAGAUAAGAUAUUUGUGGUAAAGUGUAACCCACACCAUGUUGACAAACUGGUUACAGUUGGGAUAAAGCACAUCAAGUUCUGGCAACAAGCAGGUGGGGGCUUCACUUCUAAAAGAGGAACUUUUGGAAGCAUUGGAAAAUUGGAAACAAUGAUGUGUGUUUCUUAUGGACGAAUGGAAGAUCUAGUGUUCUCAGGAGCAGCUACUGGAGAUAUUUUUAUUUGGAAAGACAUUCUACUACUGAAGACAGUGAAAGCUCAUGAUGGGCCUGUGUUUGCUAUGUAUGCAUUGGAUAAGGGCUUUGUAACGGGUGGAAAGGACGGCAUCGUGGAGCUCUGGGAUGAUAUGUUUGAAAGAUGCUUGAAGACUUAUGCCAUUAAAAGAUCAGCAUUGUCAACUAGCUCAAAAGGCUUGCUUUUGGAAGAUAACCCUUCAAUUCGUGCCAUCACCUUGGGACAUGGACAUAUCCUGGUGGGAACAAAAAAUGGAGAGAUUCUGGAAAUCGAUAAGAGUGGCCCAAUGACACUACUUGUUCAGGGGCACAUGGAAGGAGAAGUGUGGGGGUUGGCAGCUCACCCUCUCCUGCCCAUCUGUGCAACAGUGAGCGAUGAUAAAACACUUCGCAUCUGGGAACUCUCCGCCCAGCACCGUAUGCUGGCAGUACGGAAACUCAAAAAAGGUGGAAGAUGCUGUGCCUUUUCCCCUGAUGGGAAAGCCUUAGCAGUUGGCUUGAACGAUGGGAGUUUCCUGGUUGUAAAUGCUGACACUGUUGAAGACAUGGUCUCUUUCCAUCAUAGAAAAGAAAUGAUCUCUGAUAUUAAGUUUUCAAAAGAUACGGGAAAAUACCUUGCCGUGGCAUCCCAUGAUAACUUUGUGGAUAUUUACAACGUACUUACAAGCAAAAGGGUUGGCAUCUGUAAAGGUGCUUCAAGUUAUAUUACACACAUUGACUGGGACUCUAGAGGAAAAUUAUUGCAAGUUAAUUCAGGUGCCAAAGAACAACUUUUUUUUGAAGCUCCAAGAGGCAAACGGCAUAUAAUAAGACCUUCAGAGAUUGAGAAGAUUCAGUGGGACACAUGGACCUGUGUCCUGGGGCCCACCUGUGAGGGAAUCUGGCCAGCACAUAGCGAUGUAACUGAUGUAAAUGCUGCCAGUCUUACCAAAGACUGUUCCCUUUUAGCCACUGGAGAUGAUUUUGGUUUUGUUAAGCUUUUCUCAUAUCCCGUCAAGGGACAGCACGCAAGAUUCAAGAAGUACGUGGGGCACAGUGCACAUGUCACCAACGUGAGGUGGCUGCACAAUGACUCUGUGCUGCUCACAGUGGGCGGCGCCGACACAGCCCUGAUGAUCUGGACCAGGGAGUUUGUGGGGACCCAGGAGAGCAAGCUGGUGGAUAGCGAGGAGUCGGACACCGACGUGGAAGAGGAUGGAGGCUAUGACAGCGAUGUUGCUAGAGAAAAGGCCAUUGACUACACCACCAAGAUCUAUGCUGUGAGCAUCAGGGAAAUGGAAGGCACCAAGCCACACCAGCAGCUGAAGGAAGUUUCCGUGGAAGAAAGGCCACCCGUUAGCCGAGCAGCUCCCCAGCCUGAGAAACUGCAGAAGAACAAUAUCACCAAAAAAAAGAAACUGGUUGAGGAGCUGGCUCUAGACCACGUGUUUGGCUACAGAGGAUUCGACUGUCGAAAUAACCUGCAUUACCUUAAUGAUGGCACCGACAUCAUCUUCCACACGGCGGCGGCUGGCAUCGUUCAGAACCUCUCGACAGGGAGCCAGAGCUUCUAUCUGGAGCAUACGGAUGACAUCCUGUGUCUCACAGUGAACCAGCACCCGAAGUACAGAAACGUGGUGGCCACCAGCCAGAUAGGGACAACACCUUCCAUCCACGUAUGGGACGCCAUGACCAAACACACCCUCUCCAUGCUGCGGUGCUUCCACUCCAAGGGGGUGAACUAUGUCAACUUCAGUGCGACCGGAAAGCUCCUGGUGUCAGUGGGAGUGGACCCUGAGCACACCAUCACUGUCUGGCGAUGGCAGGAAGGUGCCAAGGUUGCCAGCCGAGGGGGUCACCUGGAGCGCAUAUUCGUGGUGGAAUUUCGCCCCGACUCAGACACGCAGUUUGUAUCUGUCGGGGUCAAACAUAUGAAGUUCUGGACCCUGGCAGGCAGCGCCUUGCUUUACAAGAAAGGGGUCAUUGGGUCCCUGGGAGCUGCCAAAAUGCAGACGAUGCUCUCCGUGGCCUUCGGUGCUAACAACCUCACUUUCACGGGUGCCAUCAAUGGAGACGUCUACGUGUGGAAGGACCACUUCCUCAUCCGGCUGGUGGCCAAGGCUCACACAGGCCCCGUGUUCACAAUGUACACAACCCUUCGGGAUGGACUCAUAGUGACCGGCGGAAAAGAGCGGCCGACCAAAGAAGGAGGUGCUGUAAAAUUGUGGGACCAGGAGAUGAAGCGCUGCCGGGCCUUUCAGCUGGAGACUGGGCAGCUGGUGGAGUGUGUGCGCUCUGUGUGCCGUGGAAAAGGAAAAAUCUUAGUGGGAACCAAAGAUGGAGAAAUAAUUGAAGUUGGUGAAAAAAAUGCUGCUUCUAAUAUCCUGAUUGAUGGUCACAUGGAAGGGGAGAUCUGGGGCCUGGCCACUCACCCUUCCAAGGACCUGUUCAUCUCUGCCAGCAACGACGGCACAGCCCGGACCUGGGACCUGGCUGACAAGAAGCUGUUAAACAAGGUGAGCCUGGGCCAUGCAGCCAGGUGUGCAGCCUACAGCCCUGACGGGGAGAUGGUGGCCAUUGGCAUGAAGAAUGGAGAGUUUGUCAUCUUGUUGGUGAACAGCCUGAAAGUCUGGGGGAAAAAAAGAGACCGGAAAUCUGCUAUCCAAGAUAUCAGAAUCAGCCCAGACAACCGAUUCUUAGCCGUUGGUUCUUCUGAACACACAGUUGACUUCUAUGACCUCACUCAGGGCACAAAUCUGAACCGUGUUGGCUACUGCAAAGAUAUUCCAAGCUUUGUCAUUCAGAUGGAUUUUUCUGCGGAUGGCAAAUACAUUCAGGUGUCAACAGGUGCCUAUAAGCGCCAGGUGCAUGAGGUCCCCCUGGGGAAGCAGGUAACUGAAGCCAUGGUCAUUGAGAAGAUCACCUGGGCCUCCUGGACAAGUGUCCUGGGAGAUGAAGUCAUUGGAAUCUGGCCACGAAAUGCAGACAAAGCUGAUGUCACCUGCGCAUGUGUGACCCAUGCUGGCCUGAACAUUGUCACAGGAGAUGACUUUGGGCUGGUGAAGCUCUUUGAUUUUCCGUGCACAGAAAAAUUUGCCAAACAUAAGCGAUACUUCGGUCACUCGGCUCACGUGACGAACAUCCGUUUCUCUUAUGAUGACAAGUAUGUGGUCAGCACUGGAGGAGACGACUGCAGUGUAUUUGUGUGGCGAUGUCUGUAAAUGCCAGAAGCCUCUUAUGUUAUUGCUGCUGCUGCUACCAGCCAGCAACUGCAGAGGCCAUGCUGAGGUGCCUCCUUGCCGCCAGCCGUUGGGAAAUGCCUACCACGCUGCCCCGGACGCACAAGCUCAAAAUGCUGCGGAAGUUACACAGCUGCUCCCAUAAUCUGGACUCUCCAAAAGUGUGAUGCCACGAACGAAGGUCAAGUUGUAAAAUGUUAAGGCUGCUCGCCUCUGUUCCUGAGACUAAACACUAUACAUACUAACUACACUGACAAAAGAAAUCCUAUCUGAUAAUGUAGCCCGCUGACAAAUUU